CGGCAGCGCCUAAAGCUGGAUUUAAGCGGAUUUUUAUUUUCCCUCCUCUUCCCACGCAGCGAUUCCCAACCCCGGCUGCUCCCAGAGCCGCUCGCAGCCCGGCGGGGAGUGGGAGGAAAGGGAUGCUCGGAGGAUUUGGGAAAAUCCGGAGCAUUUCCAGCCAUGCUCCACCUGGAGAGGCGGCUCCGGAGCUGCUCGGUCUCUGCGUGAACUGCUGAGGAGGCUCUAGAGCCGCAGGAUUGAUGGAGAGGCGCUGACAGCAGAAACCCCUCCACCAUGGAGCUGCCCAGCACCAAAGACUUCCAGUGGAAAUCCCUGGCUCCCCUGCCCAGCCGCAGGGUUUACUCCACGCUGGUGGAGGCGGCCGGGCAGGUCUUCGCCGUGGGCGGCUGCGACGACAACGGGGUCCCCGUGGAUUCCUUCGAGGUUUACAGCCCCGAGGCCGACCAGUGGGCAUCGCUGCCCCCCAUGCCCACAGCCAGGGCGGGCGUGGCCGUCACCGUGCUGGGCAAGAGGAUCAUGGUGAUUGGAGGUGUGGGCAUGAACCAGCAGCCGCUGAAGGUGGUGGAGAUGUACAACACGGACGAGGGGCGCUGGAGGAAGCGCAGCUCGCUGCGAGAAGCUGCCAUGGGCAUCUCGGUGACAGCCAAAGAUUACAGGGUGUACGCAGCAGGUGGGAUGGGCUCGGACCUGCGGCCCCACAAUUUCCUGCAGCACUAUGACGUGCUCAAGGACAUCUGGGUGUCCCUGGCUGCCAUGCCCACCCCCCGCUACGCGGCCACGUCCAUCCUGAGGGGCUCCAAGAUCUACGUGCUGGGGGGAAGGCAAUCCAAGUACGCCGUCAACGCCUUCGAGGUCUUCGACACGGACACGCGCUCCUGGACCAGGUUCCCCAACAUUCCCAACAAAAGAGCCUUCUCCAGCUUCGUGCCCACCGAGGAGAAGCUCUUCAGCCUCGGGGGGCUGCGCCAGGGCCGGCUCUACCGGCAGCCCAAGUUCAUGAGGACCGUGGAUGUGUUCGACCUGGAGCAAGGUGGGUGGAUGAAGAUGGAGCGCUCCUGCUACCUGAAGAAAAGGCGAGCAGACUUCGUGGCCGGCUACCUGCGAGGCAGAGUUGUGGUGGCUGGGGGCCUGGGGAAUCAGCCGACUGUGCUGGAGUCGGCAGAGGCUUUCCACCCGGACAAGAACAAGUGGGAGAGCCUCCCCCCCAUGCCCACCCCGCGCUGUGCCUGCUCCAGCAUCGCCCUGCGGGAUUGCCUGCUGGCCGUGGGCGGCGUCAGCCAGGGGCUCAGCACGGCCGUGGAGGCUCUGUGCCUGUCUGAUUCCUGACUGGAGCCUGCCUGGAGGAGAAUUCCCCCUGGAACAGGUCCCUGUGUCUCUCUGAUUCCUGACUGGAACCAUCCCGGAGGAGAAUUCCCCCUGGAACAGGUCCCUGUGCUUCACUGAUUCUUGAUUGGAACCUGCCUGGAUGAGAAUCCCGUCUGGAGGAGGUCCCUGUGCCUGUCUGUCCCCAGCAGUGGCCCUGGGGACAGUGCUGGCAGCUCCUCCAGAGCCACAUCCAGGGAUUCUGGCACUCACCCCCAUGAGGAACCCCCACACUGGCCAGGAAUCCCCUCCCGCCACUGUCACAUCUCCAUGGGGACACCCAGACACAGGAACUGCUCCCCAAAUCUCCGUGGGAACACCCAGACACAGGAACUGCUCCCCAAAUCUCCUGCCUGUGGGAAGGACUCCGGAGAUCCCCGUGUGGGAAUUGUGUCCCCGCAGCCAUCCCGGCCGCAGGUGACAGCUUGGGAGGCGCUGGGACUCUCCAGAGGGGACGAUGGUGGCUCAGAGGGCACAGUCGUGGUGUCCUCCUCCAUCCUGGGAUCUCCCUACGGAUUUUCUCCCAAAGGAAACUCCAACCCUCCAACAGCCGGACCCGGGGAUCCUUCUCUGCAUCCACAGCAAGGCUUUCCCUAAAAUCCGGCGGCAUUUCUUUGGAAUUCCGGCAGGAGCCGGAGCCAGGGGCUGCUCCCGGAGGAUGAAUUCCCGAGGGAUUGCUGUGGCUGCUCUCUGGUGGCACAGGACUGGGACAGGACUGGCACAGGGGCUGCCUGUGCCGGGUGUCGGGUGGAGGUGACCUCAACCCGCGGUUUUCCACCUUUUUUUUAGCUGCUUUGGUGAUUUGGGAUCUUCACUGGGAAAAGGAGCAAUGCAGGGCUGUGCGUGGUUCACCAGCCCAGGGACCGGGGGUGGCUUUGGGGAUGCAGAAGUGACCCCGGCCCGGCCGCUGCCUCCUCUUGGGUUCUGUCCUCCUCAGUUUUUGGGAGGGCUGUGCGAACUGUGAGGGUGCAAUUCCAGCUUUAAUUCCAUUAAAAGUUGUCUUUGGGAAGCCCUCGGAGGAGCCCGGGCUGUGC